AUGGUCAAGUCACAUUAUAGUGCCAAGCUCAAUGUGGAUAGAGGAAACCUACCCAUUAGAGAAGAUGAAGGGAAGAAGGUGGGUUCGAAGAGAUCAGGAACGACAAGUUGUGGGAAGAAUUGUAAAUUGAAGUGGGCCGAAGAUAUCAACAAUGAAAGAUUCACUCUGCAAGAAGAGGAGAUGAUCAUUAGGCUUCAUGCAGCCAUUGGAAGCAGGUGGAACGUAAUAGCCCAACAAUUGUCGGGAAAAACAGACAACGACGUAAAGAAUUAUUGGAACACUACGUUGAGAAAAAAACUCAAAGAGAUGGGUAUUGAUCCGGUUACACAUAGGCCCUUCACCCAAAUACUUGCGGAUUAUAGGAAGAUCGGUGGCACACCAAGAGCUAGAACGAGGAUGAUCGGCACAACCCUAAUUAAUAAUCAAGACUCGAGGCCUAAUCCUUUACUAAUCACCGCGAACAACCAAUCACAACAACCUUAUUACACAACAAUUUCGGAUAAUCCUAUAAUAAUUGAUCAUGAUUAUUAUAACAACAACAAUUACAACUCGUCUAAUAUCGUUUCUCCAUGUGAAUUAGCUGUUGAGCAGACUCUCGGCUCGCCGGAAGCAUUCAACAAUGAAGAAGCCAUAGAAUUCGGAUGGCACGACUUCCUUGUGGACGACGUUUUCACACAAGCUAGUACUAAUAAUGUUGAUGAUGGCUUGGUUAAUGAACUCUCAAACUCCAUUAAUCCUCUCUUAAGCCAAAUGCAAAGUAAAAUCAAUCAUGAUCUUAAUUAUGCAAUUGAAGGGAUUAGAGUUUCUCCUUCAUUUGUGGAUGAUAUGCUCUUGGGAGAAGACUUUAUUUUACUAAAGAGUUGUCUUGAUUAUGGAGAUGGAGAUUUGGCAGAGAAUGUGGCAAAGCAAUUGGAGAAGGUGAUUGAUAAGGCGGAGAUGGCGCCGAAAGAUGUGAUUGAGGAGCUGACAAAGGCAUUGAAGGGGGAGGUCAGAGAAGAAAAUGGGAAAGGAGGGAAUAACGAGAUAGGAGAAAUGCGAAGAAGAGGAGGAACAAGAGAUAAAACAUCACGUAAAUUAGAUGAUAUGGAUUAA